GCUGACUCCAGGUCCAUGGACAUUAACAACUGUGUCUUCUCACUUGCAGAUCUCACCAAUAUAUUUGAAUCGUUCCUGCCCCAGCUGCUGGCCUAUCCCAACCCUAUAGAUCCUCUAAAUGGUGACGCUGCAGCCAUGUACCUCCACCGACCAGAAGAGUACAAACAGAAAAUUAAAGAAUACAUUCAGAAAUAUGCAACAGAAGAAGCACUAAAAGAACAGGAAGAAGGCACCGGGGACAGCUCGUCUGAGAGCUCCAUGUCCGACUUCUCCGAAGAUGAGGCUCAGGAUAUGGAGUUGUAGUAGAAGAGGCAACCUGCUUUUCAGAGAGACUCUAAUUUCCUAACCAUGAGAAGCAGACUAUAAUAUUCAUAUUUAAACAAAGCAAUUUUUUUUAUUACUAAACAAGGUUUUUAUGAAUAAUAGCAUUGAUAUAUAUAUAUCACCCUUUAGGAUCUUUGAUUUUUUGUUUUGUUUUGUUUUUGUUUUUGUUUUUUUGUUUUUGCUUUUCUUGGUCAUUUCUCGAGCCCGAGGUGCAUAGCAUAUCCCCACAUUCCAUUUUGGUAGCAAUAUGCAGCCCCAAUGCAUGCAUUCAGAUAUUCCAUUUGGCCAAGUUCAACCUGUGAGCUACUGAACUGUCAGCUGAAAACAGCUGCCCUGGUAGGGAGGGGAGUUUAGCAAAGAGGUUUGCUUUCUCAUCCAUGAUUUUUUUUUCCCCAAAGACACCACCUUGGAUGCUAUAACGUGGAACAGCGUUGGUUUGUGGUUUUUUGUUUGUUUUUUUUUUUGGCAAAGUCUAUAAAAAUCUGGGAGAUGAUGUACUAAAAACUGUGUAGAUCAGAACAGUGGAAUAAAAGGUGCUCCUUCAGGUCAACCUUGCUGAUCGUCUUUUGCGUGGAGUCACAUUUAAAAAAAGAAAAUAAAAACUAAAAACAAACAGUACAAAUGCAUGGAGCUACUCAGAGCAUUGAAGCUUAAGAAUUUUGACUUGGAUUUUAAGUCCGUUUUUAUAUGUGGACUCCUGCCUGCCCUUCUGAACUGUAGGGACUGACAACCACUGGUCUAUUCGCUUUGGGGACUUUGGAAAAAAGCCUUCAUCUGGAUGUUACUCACUUUCUUGGUCUCUGGAUUACGAGCUGUUCCCUUUUUUUGGGGAGGAAAAAACCCAACACAACAAGACCACAAAACAAAAAAACCAAACCACAAAAGGAUGCUCUCGGAACAGCACUUUGAUUUAGCUGGAGCACACGUGAAGUUCAAACUCUUACUUUGUCAUAGUUUUGAAACUGCUGCCCUUUAAACGGCUUCAAGGUUGCUGUAUUUUUUUUAAUUUUAUUUUUUUUUUCUUUCCUCUUGCUUGAAGUAUGGUUAAACACCUCGCAAACACUCGCCUGUCUCCUAAGAGGGUCCUCUUGCCAGAUGGAUUUGCCUCAUUGAGAGCUUCAGGUCCACGAAGAUUGGCCCGUUGGCUGUAGUCCACGAAUCCAUCGGCGCUGAUUUUUAUUUUCCUUUUCUUUUGUUUGGGUUUUUUUGUUGGUUUUUUUUUUUUUUGCCUUCCCCCCGCCCCUUCUGCACCAGCUUGGUAGCCAUCUGCUUGUGUGUGUGUACAACGGGAUUAAAAUUUCUUGAAAGUUAACAAAGAAUAUGAUCUAGGAAAAAAAAAAAUGGAAUAAUAAUAAAAGAAAAAAAAAAAAGCCUAAAAGCACCAAUCGAGGAAGCAAAUGAAUCUGCUCUUUUUUGUUGGUUUUUGGGUGUUGUUUUUUUUUUUUUUUUUCCAGGAUGCUUCUGAAUUGAAAUGUUUGAUUUCUCCUGGUGUCUUUCAGCGAGCUGAGAUUUCUUAUUUUUUUUGUUUGUUUGUUUGUUUUAAUGCUAUGAAACCUAAUAGAGUUAAAUGUCUACCUGGGAUGCUGGUAUACUUGAAUUGGGAUAAUUGUGCGUUUGGAGAUUCAAACCGAGAUGGAUUUUUAAAGCUGAAUGUUACCUGCUGUAUUCUUUUGGGGGGUUUCGGAGGGGUUUGGACAAGAUGUUUUCAUUUGUGGUGCAACCUACAGGACAGUGCAUGGGGGGAAAAAAAAAAAUCAGCCCACCCUGAGCAACUCUGGUGCAGAGUUUUUGAUUGUCAGACUGGUCCAUUUGUCAUUUUCCCAGAAUUGUGGGGUGUUUGGGUUGGUUUGUUGUUUUUUUUUCUUUAGAAACGCCACCAAGUUUUGGGUCAUUGGGGUUGGAAGGUUACAAUCCUAUUUCUAAUUCUCAUAAAGCACAAUCAAUUUAUUUUUAUUUUUUUCUUUUCUUUUGGGGAAAAAACAAAAAGCAAAACAAACCUCGUAAAGUACCACUUUGCUUUAGCAUGAUUUUCCUUAAUAAAAAUAAUAUACAAAGAA